AUGACUGAUAAAGAUUCCCUUUUAUCUGAAAUCGCAAACUUGGAUUCUCAACUUAAACAAUGGUUUUUAUUCAGAAGAGUUCAAGCUGAAAGAUCAUUAUCUAUAAAGAAAUUGCUUGAUGAUAAUAAUUUCUUGGGUUUAUCUGUUAAUAACAAGAAAGUUCCAGUAACUGAUCAGGUUUUAUGGCAUGAUAUUGUAAAAGGAAAGCCUGAACUGGAAGAUGAAUUAUCUCCCAACGCUAGGGAAAUGAAGGCUGAUAAAUACUUGGAUAUUUUUAGACUGUCUUGUGAUUAUGAUAAUGAAUGUAGAUUACCAGGUUCAAAUUAUUUCCGAUGUUUGCAGGAUAAUUUUAAAACUACUUCAUCAGAGAGGAAUGAAUUGUGUUUGACAUCAUUUAAUGCUUUUGAUGAAUGCAGGAAAAAGUUACUGGAUACUCAACAAAAGCUUGUGGAACAGUCUUUAAAAAGGCAGGAAGAACAGGAUAAUAAGGCUAAAGUUUGUUUUAAGUCGAUUUAA